GCUCCUACAGUAAAUAUUUGUGUUUGGCAAGCCGGCUGUAAUGGUGGACGACUGAACGGGAAGAAGACGGAAUACAACUCGAGUGAAGAAACGAAGGAACACGGUCGGAAGUCUGCUUUUGACUUAGGACACGGGCUUCGUCGAAAAUGGAUGAACUUAAACAUCAAGUCAUGAUUAACCAGUUCGUCCUGACGGCGGGAUGUGCGGCAGACCAGGCGAAGCAGCUCCUGCAGGCGGCACAUUGGCAGUUCGAGACUGCCCUCAGUGCCUUUUUCCAAGAAACAAAUAUCCCAUAUGGCCAUCAUCAUCAUCAAAUGAUGUGCACACCAGCCAACACACCAGCGACACCCCCAAACUUCCCGGACGCCCUGACCAUGUUCUCCCGGCUCAAGGCGUCCGAGAGCUUCAACAGCGGCAGCCCCAUGGCGGCGUCGGCGGCCACCUCGCCCCCGCAAGUCGGCGGCUGGGGAGUAUCACCCAAUGUGCCCAACGCGCCGCCGCCCUCGCAGGGACUCUGGACUCAAGGGCAGCCUCCCACACAGCCCUGCCCCGCCUGGCCAACGGGCGUCAACCCCCACGCGAGCGCCGAGCAAAAGGCGAGCGUAGCAAUGGAGGCGGAGAGAUGAAUCGCCACGCCCCCACCUGCCCGCUACCGCGCGGAAAGGAUUUUCUCUUUUUUUUCCCACCCCACCCCUUCCAAAACAACAACAAAUAAAAUGUGGCAAGACGGACGGACGCACGUGGAAAGAUGCAAACCAAGAAAAACUUUGGGUGAACAAUUUCAAGAAGGAGAAAACCAAUGCAAAUACGAAAGCAGAAAAAAAAACAAGAUACGCACACGUAUAGUAAUAAGAGAGUAUGUGAAAUCUUUUAGUUUUUCUUACUUAAAAUGACAAGAGAAAUAUCGGAACCUGGAAAAAAAUGAAAAUCAAUCGUCGCGUCCAAGGAUUCUUGUUCAAGGACAUUCAAGGCAGCAAAUUUUGUAAUUUUUUUUUCAGAACCUUCUUUCUCAACACUUUUUAUUUGCGUUAUGCCCCCCCCCCCCACCCCCAACUCCCCGUUCCCUUAGUCUUGUGUUUCUGCAACUGUCUGUGCUGCAUGACGAGAGGAAACUUGCGAUGCAGUGUUUAAAAGUGACUGAAGCGACACGCACGGGUAGAUGCGUGUGCGCGUCGCGUUUUCGUUCCAGAGUUCAGCUCUGGUCGGGGACACGUACGCAGAAAUCUAUAUAAAUGUAUGUAAACACACACACACACAAAUACACAUGCGUUCAAGGAAACACCUCCAUAUUGUCAUCGCCAUUGUCAAGGCGGGGCCUCUUACCUCACCUGGUGGUCACCUGACUUCUUUUAGCCAAUCAGGGAUUCUUCUUCUUAAACCAACUGUUUGCCCUGAUGACACGGGACAUGUUCGUAACAAUUUCGGGGCUUUUUUUUUUUUUUUUUGGACCCCGCCCUUAAAUGCAGAAGCCACUUUUUUGGUUCAUGCUCGUUUAUCCGCAAACCCAACGGCAAUUUUUUUUUUCAACCGAAGUCUACAACUGUAUACUUUUAAAGAUUGAGUUGUACACAGAUAAAAAAAAAAAAAAAACAAACAUCACGAGUGGUUAAAUAUAAUAUUGUUUGUAACGAUGAUAGUUUUAUUAUCUGGGAGGCGGUUCUGCGAAAGUAGCUAAACUGGUAGGGGGGAGGGGGGAAUGUGACGACUCCAUUUUUUUUGUGACUCUUUGUAAACAUUUUGUAUCACUUAUCAGUAACAUCUUUAAUAGCAAAAUGACGUGGGCUUUCCAAAGCUAACAAUGACCACUAAUUUAAGUUGGAUCAUCUCAUUUCGAGAAAAAACAUCCAGUUGGUUGAUAUGACGACAUAUUUGGGCCACACGAAAAAAAUCAAAAGGUCCCAGAGAUUGAGGCAUGGUCAUGAAAAAAAAGAUAGUUGUGAUAUUCAAAGACAAUUUUAUGGAACAAUUAAAGGAUCCC